UGUGUUCUCUAUUUCUACCCAAUUUACCAUUCUCUUUUUUCCACUGAAGCUUCAACCUUUCCUGAGGAAUAUCUUGUUUAACAACAGUGCUGGUGACACUGUCUUUUUUAAUGAGAAACGUGAGCUAGAAGGUGGAUUUGAUAUUAUCAACUGGGUAACUUUCCCAAAUAAGUCCUUCUUAAGAGUGAAAGUUGGGAAGAUGGAUCCCCAAGCACCACUGGGCAGUGAUUUCUCCAUUGAUGAGAAGAUCAUUAUAUGGCACCAGAGUUUUAACCAGGUAGGACCCAAUUGCA